AUGUUCUCCACCAUCAAACGACUCCAGGACUCGUUCAGUGCUGCUUCGACCUUUGCCCUUGUGCUCUGCUGCCUCAUCUUCACUUCCUCCUACGUGCAGCUCCUCCACGACCGCUGCUUCGAUCUUCCCUCCACCAUCAGCGACAUCUCCUUGGACACGUCUCUCAAGUUCAGCAGGAUUCAUGGUUCCCUCAACAAGAAACCCAAGGAGAACGCCAGAUUGACCAGCUUCAGUCUCCAGACAGACUUGUCUCCCUUGUUUAACCUCAACACGAAGCAGGUCUUCGUUUACUUGACUGCCGAAUACCACAGCGUGAACAGGAAGGACAACUCCAUCAGCAACAAACUCAUUUUCUGGGACAAGAUUAUCAUCAGCAAAGACGACGCAACCUUGAAUCUUACAAAUCUAAAGUCCAAAUACUCGGUUUACGACAUAGAAAAGAGCUUUAAUCACAAAAAUGCUACUGUUCGGUUGGAAUGGAAUAUCCAGCCCUGGGUAGGUCCUUUGAUCUAUGGCUCAACUACAGGUUUAGAGACAAUCACUUUUAUUUAA